UCUCAACAGUUGUUUACACGCUCUUGGCUGGGCGGUGAGUUGGAGGACGGACGAGCCUCUUUGGCAUCUCGAUAAGUCAUUUCUCGGCCAAUGUGCUCAAGUUUUCCGGGUCUGGGUAAAGGGAAAAGGACGAAACGUCUUCAUUUCUAACGCCCAUCGGGUUUUUAUGGGUCAGAUAACAGGAUUUUAUCGAGCUAGGUUUCGCUAAGCGGUAACAUACAUGUGUUGUAUUACUGCUGUUUAACCGUCAAGCAAUCGCGAAAUUCUUUCUUCGAUUAGGGAUAGAAAGGGUUGUUUGCUGAUGUCGCAUGUUAAUGGUGAUUAAAUAAUUGACACCACGAUGGCAAUGAAGGCCCAGGUAUUGUAUGACUUCACAGCCGAGCCCGGCAACAAUGAGCUUACUGUUCAAGAAGGUGAAAUACUCACGGUCACUAAACAGAUUGUUGGUGGUGGCUGGGUAGAAGCUCGAAACUCCAGAGGAGACAUAGGCCUGGUGCCAGAGGACUAUAUUGAGCUCAACCCCGGUAGUGCAAACGCAGCGCCGUCGGAGCGCAACGACGCUUACAAUCAUGAUCACAACAGCAGCUCAGCAAAUACUCAGGGUGUUAAUGGAAAUGAGGCUUCGACCGCCACGACAUGGUCCAACAACUGCACUGCAGACAACUGGAAUUACACUGAACAGGAAACAGCAGGCAACAAUGGUUCCCUCUAUUCCUUUGAUGACGAAUGGGACGAUGAUUCUGAUGAUGGUAAGUCCACUGGCGGCCCCCAAGCAGAUGAUGGUGGAACGAUGCAACGGGGUGGGGCUCACUCCACAAUGAAGAUAUCUCUAAACAAGUUUCCAGGGUUCUCCAAGACCCCGAACCCAGAGGUGUAUUUGCUUACCAAGCACGUAGCCAAAGGAAAUGAAAGACUCCCAAUUUAUUCGGGUGAGGUGGGUCCAGUUUGGUUGUAUCCACAAGCUCAGUUAGAUUGUAUGGUGGCUGAUCCCAAAAAGGGUUCAAAAAUGUACGGUCUGAAGAGCUACAUAGAAUACCAAAUCACACCUAACACUACAAACAGACCAGUCAAUCACAGAUACAAACACUUUGAUUGGUUAUACGAGAGGCUUGUGGAGAAGUUUGGCUGUGCUCUGCCCAUCCCAAGUCUUCCAGACAAACAAGUUACAGGUCGAUUCGAGGAGGAAUUUAUCAAAAUGCGCAUGGAACGCCUGUCAGGCUGGAUGUCCAGGAUGUGCCGACAUCCGGUUAUCUCAAACAGUGAAGUUUUCCAGCUUUUCCUUAACUACAAGGAUGAAAAGGAUUGGAAACUAGGGAAGCGAAAAGCGGAGAAAGAUGAAGUAGUGGGCGUAAAAAUAUUCUACACAAUAGAUCCAGAGCUUCCAGAGCUUGAUCCAGCUCAAGUGGAGCAGAAGUGUGAAACGUAUAAUCAGUUUACUAAAUCUAUGGAUAACAGUGUUAAAGAACUUCUUGCUGUUGGUCAUCUUCACUGGAAGAGAUGUACAGGCCCAUUGCAAAAGGAGUAUCGGCAGAUUGGAAAAGCAUUUCAGAACCUGUCCUCUGUUUUCAACACCAGUGCAUACCCAAGGGAAUCCACGCUUACCGAAGCGUUAACUGCAACAGGGAAGACGUAUGAGGAAAUAGCAGAGAUUGUUGCUGAACAGCCAAGAAAAGAUCUACACUUCCUGAUGGAAACAAACACAGAAUAUAAGGGACUUCUGGGCUGUUUCCCUGACACAAUGGGAGUUCACAGGGCUGCCAUUGAUAAAGUUAAAGAAGCCGAUCAUUUGGUGGCGACGAACAAGAUCAGUCCACAAGAUAAACAUACAAUGGAAAAGAAUCUUAGCACCAUGUCUUACUCAUUACAAGCGGAGAUGAAUCACUUCCAUAGCAACCGUAUCUAUGACUACAACAGACUGAUGCAGUUCUACUUGGAGGAACAGGUGAAAUUCUAUGAGACGAUCGCAGAAAAGCUGAAGAACGCUCUCAGUCAGUAUGCUACCAUGUGAGGACACGCUCUCAAACCGGGUUUUGUGAAUUUUUUAUUUAUUUUCUGCUGGUGUGCUUUUAACACUAACAAUUAACCAUCUUGUUUUCACUUAACAAAAUAAAUAAUGCUUUAUUUCUUUAGAAUAUAAAACAUGUAAAAUACAAGGGAGCAAAUAAUAUGUGCACGCAUACAUAAGAUGGAAAUCAUUUACCGAACACCAAACGUUCCAUUCAGAGGAAAUGAGGAUUAUAAUUGUAACCGCGGCUUACAUGAGUUAACACGCUCCUGUCUAAAGACGAGGUCUCUCAGGGACGCAUAUGCUCAGGCUGGGCCUUCUACCAAAUUACUUUAUUAACUUUUUAAUUCAAUUGUAAGAAAUGGUUUUAUUUUCUGGCAGUGUGUGAUUGUUAACACGUCAGAUGUUUAUGUGUGGUAUGUUGUGGAUAAAAGCAGUAUGUAUUUUACCUGUGGUAAAACAUUCUAUGCAAAAAAUGUCUCUGUCUUGUGUAAUAUUUUAACUAGCCCUCAAAUGUGUAAUAAAUCUUUCUUUAUACUA